GGGGUGAGCGGGAGCGCGCGGUGUUCUUGGCCUGUUAGCCACGCCCCUUACCCAGGGGUCGUUUCACUGCGCGGUUGGGGGACUGGGGAAGUGCGCGGGAGCGAGGCCAGCGGUGCUUGGGGCGCGUAGGGUAGAGCCACCCUCCUCCCCUGCGGUCCAGGCAACGAGCAUCAAGUGGGAGGAGUCGGCUCUGGUUGGGCGCUGCGGCCCGCGAGCCGAGCCACCGGCCAGGGACGCGCCAGAGGCUGGGGAGAGUACCCGGGGCGCGCCUUCUGUCUGGGCUCCUGGGCCUGGCACCGAACUGACAUUGGGAAGUGACGGGCAUCAGCCGGAUCAUGGAGCGGGGAAGAUUCCGCUCCUUCCCCACUUACUCUUCAGACGUCGGUCAGAGCCAGGGAAGAGGGAAAAGGUGGGGGCUGUUGCCCCAAGGCCGCCCUCGUGUUCCCUCCUGAUGUGUGCUCCCAAGCGGAAGGUAAUUGGCGUUCGCCGUAACCAAUCAGGAGGAGGAUCUCCGGGAACGCCCGCCUUUUCCGUUAUGAACGACCAACCCGGUGGCUGUUGUGGAGAUGGUGAAGCUGUUCAUUGGAAAUCUGCCCCGGGAGGCCACAGAGCAGGAGAUCCGUUCACUCUUCGAGCAGUAUGGGAAGGUGCUGGAAUGUGACAUCAUUAAGAACUAUGGCUUUGUGCAUAUAGAGGACAAGACGGCCGCUGAGGAUGCCAUUCGCAACCUGCACCACUACAAGCUGCACGGAGUGAACAUCAACGUGGAAGCCAGCAAGAAUAAGAGCAAAGCUUCAACCAAGUUACACGUGGGCAACAUCAGCCCCACCUGUACCAACCAAGAGCUGCGGGCCAAGUUCGAGGAGUAUGGCCCAGUCAUCGAAUGUGACAUCGUGAAAGAUUAUGCCUUUGUACACAUGGAGCGGGCAGAGGAUGCAGUGGAGGCCAUCAGGGGCCUCGACAACACAGAGUUUCAAGUUGCUUCUGUAGGAAGUGUUUAUGGUGGCUUUGUCCUCAAGAAAUUCCUACAAGAAAUACAAUUUCUGCUGCCCAGAUUCUCUGCGAAGCUGACUUGGACUUCAGAGGAAGGUGGCUGUUCUCAGGACACUUCAGGGGUCACACCUUUCCAGAUGAGUUUUGAGAUUGAUGAAAAGCCCCGAAAUUUGAUGACGGAUUGUGUGGUUAUAAAGCAUUUUUUACACAAAAUCAUCGUAGUUCACCACAAGGUUAGGUUUAAUUUCAGUGUGAUGGUAAAUGGAAUCCUCUCCACAGAGGUCUUUGGGGCAGAGAACGAGCCAACUUUGAGCCUGUCCAAUGGAGUUGCUCUUGUCCUAGGCUCUCAGCAUUAUGUGAGCGAACCCAAAUCCAGCACAACUGGACUUCACUACAGCAGACUCCACCCUGUGCUAGGACAUCCAGUAGCACUGUUCCUCCCUGAUGACGUGGCUGGCAUGAGCCUGUCGGGAAAACUGACACUGACUCCAGCUGCUGCGCUGUGUCCCAGCCCCAAGGUCUUUUCCAGCCAGCAGAAUAGGCUUUCUUCAGUUUCCAUAUUUCUGUACGGACCUUUGGGUCUGCCUCUGAUACUGUCAGACCAGGGACAGCCAAGUGCCAAUGUCUUCAGAGAUCCCUCGUAUUUCAUUGACUGGAAGAAAUACCACUUGUCGAUGGUGCCCAAUUUGGAUCACGGUUUGGAUAAAGAUUUGGUGCUUCCAGAUGCCCAUUAUCUGGUGGAAUCCAGUGAGGGGACUCAGUCUCAGAAUAUGGACCCACAGGGACUAGCUCUGCUCCUCUUCCUCUUCAUUGGUUUUCACAGCGGGUUUCCAGUGCAACAAAUGGAAAUCUUGGGAGUCCACGCUGUGCUCACCACUCAUCUCAGCGCCAUCCUCACAGAGAGCCAUGGUGCAGUUCGAGAUUCCAUCCAGUCAGCUGUGGACCAGGUCUUGGUGCAGCACCACCAGGCUACCAAGGCUCAUCAGAAACUGCAGACCUCGCUCUCAGUGGCGGUGAAUUCCAUCAUGAGUGUGGUGACUGGAAGCACCUGUGGCCACUUCCGAAGGACAUGCCUCCAGGCCCUUGAGGCAGGUGACACACAGGAGUUUGGGGCCAAACUGCACAAAAUAUUUCAUGACAUCACACAGCACCGACUUCCUUAUCACUGCUCGUGUAACACAGAGCAGCAGCUGACCCCUGAGAAAAAGGAUUCAGCCCAGAGCAUUGAGGACACAUGUGAGAAGAGCCUGGAAUUCCUUGCAGAGACCAGCGGGCGAGCGGAAAAGAGGCUCAAGAGCAGCCACGGCCUGCAAGCAGAGACCCAGGCUGUCGGCGCUGCCAGGGACCGGGGCCCGCCACAGCCCACCGCGCGCCUCCGCAGCGGGGGGCCGCCCCAGUCCCCCUCCCGGUGCCCGCCCGGGUCCGUGCCCCUGCCCCGGUGCUCACUCCGGUGCCCUCCCCCGUCCCCGCCCCUGCCCCGGUGCUCACCCCGGUCCCCGCCCCCACCCCCGCAGGACGCGCUGUGGCUGGAGGCGGUGUCCAAUCUAUCCGAGUGGCUGAGUCCCGGCCCAAAACUUUGACCUCCGUGUUCAAUA